UGCGUCGGCCAUCAUGGCUUUGAGUAGGGACCGUGUCACGCGAACAUGUUUUCCAAGUGAAAAAUCUCUCCGGGCGUGUUUGUAAUCGUGUCAAAAGGCGAUGGCCACGCGAGAAUGAGGCCCUGAGCGCCCUCCGUGCGGGGUGAUCCGGCCGUAGGGCCCCAGCCAGGCCCAUCAAGACUCACGCCCCGACACCCGACCCCCACUUUCCCCCCCGUCACCUGGGUGGCUGUGCUGCUGGUCACGGCACCCUCGCCACCAAGAAACGACCACAUAACCUACCUGCCCACUCGGCAGUCAACAACGCUCAAAUUUUCUCCACUCCCGCUCGACCUAGACGACUGACAAGUGACACUCCGACUCUGUCAACAUGAGCAAACUCUUUAGGGCGCGCGCCCUGGACGCGUCCAAGCCCAUGCCCGUCUACAUGGCCGAGGAGCUUCCUGAUCUCCCCGAUUACUCGGCCAUCAACCGCGCCGUGCCUCAAAUGCCGAGCGGCAUGGAAAAGGAGGAAGAAUGCGAGCACCAUCUCCAAAGAGCGAUGAGUAAGGGCUUAAUCAUUCCAACCCCCGAGGUUACAAGCUUAGAAAAUGACGAAGCCUACGACAAAAUUUACCCCGCAGACUACAAGCUACCUCGACAACUUAUACACAUGCAGCCCUUUGCGAUGGAGCAAGACAUCCCCGACUACGAUAUGGAUUCUGAAGACGAGAGAUGGGUUGGAGCUCAAAGUCGAAAAAUGGAUUUGACCCCCUUCCAAUUCGAGGAGAUGAUGGAUCGACUCGAAAAAAGUUCGGGGCAGACUGUUGUCACUCUUAACGAAGCCAAGGCACUUUUGAAAGAGGAUGACGAUCUUAUCAUUGCAGUUUUUGACUAUUGGCUCAAUAAACGUCUCAAAACUCAACAUCCGCUGUUACUGACGGUGAAAACAGAGCAUCGGCUCGGUUCUGCGGUGAACAAUCCUUACCUGGCGUUCAGACGAAGGACAGAGAAGAUGCAAACUCGGAAAAACCGGAAAAACGACGAGACGAGUUACGAGAAAAUGCUCAAGCUCCGCCGAGAUCUCAGCAGAGCGGUCACUCUUCUUGAAUUGGUCAAAAGACGUGAGAAAACGAAAAGGGAACAUCUCCAUCUAACCAUUGAAGUCUACGAAAAGAGAUAUCAAGCGCAAGACUUCAAUGGGCAGAUUUUAUCGGAAGUUUCGGCGCUGAAGACAUCGAGACCAGCGUUCGCUCCGCUCUUCACAAACCAGUUCGGCGUCCAUCAAAACUGGGCUAAUAAAGUAUGUGUAAAGGACGAGACGAUUCCGAGGAAAGAAAAACGACAGUACAAGAAGCGAAAGCACAAAUCAGACUCGAGAAGCGGAUUGGACGAGGGUCGUGGUGGGACUGGAAGCAGCGGAGGUCGGGGAAGUCGAGCGCUUCUGGGCGGGCUGGACCCGUUGGCCAGUUCGGACGACGACAGUCCUCUUCCAUCUCAUUCGCAUUCUCAACCUUCCCUUCCCUCGGAUCGCGACGAGGAGGACGCGACCGACGAGGGUCAAUUCGCCUUCAAGAGGAGCCGACACAACACUUAUUUACCGCCUGUAUCAGACGGAUUUGGAAACUGGCCUUGGUGCGACCGAAGUGAAGGUGGCUUGGCGGAUAAAAGAUAUAGGUUCGCCCUGACGAGCAUAAGUAAACCGACUCCAAGGUGUAUCGGCCUCGCAAGACGAAGAAUGGGUCGAGGUGGCAGAGUCAUCUUGGACCGUUGUUCAGGUAGCAUAGACGAUAUCUGGUCUUCUUUGGAUUUCACGAUACACGAGCCAAAUCGUGAACUGACGGAUCCGACGGCUACUGCCACGACAACGACUGCCGUUAAGAAGGAAGUAUUGCACUUUCGACCAAAGACGCCGCCGAUGUCAACGCAGAGUGGCAGCGGCGAGUCAAGCAGCGAUUCGGACUCGGAAGUGGAAUCGUCCCUUCUGAGGCCGGAUCCAGCAACACCUUAUCCCUUCCCGCCCGAGGCGACGUCGAUUUGCGUCGACGUGGAGGCGGAUCGUCCCGGGGACGAGCCGCCCUUCACCACCGAGUUCAACAUCUCGGAAUAUUUCUCUCCCGAGGGUCUCUCGGACUUUGACCUGGCGGUCGGUGGUGGUACUUUGCCCGCAAACGAUUCCCCGAGUGAAUCGCGGACUGACGAACAACAUCAGCAGCCGCAGCUCGAUGAGCUGGGCUGCUCGCGCUUUUCCCUGACGAGCGAGAGCGACGCGAUCCUACCACCAAUUCCCCCCCGGCCAUCCCAGUGCAGUGCUAGUGAUAGUGUAAAUACAAACUCUUCUUCUUCUUUUUCAACGUCCCCAUCUUCCUCCUCCUCCUCCUCAUCCUCCUCGUUAUCAUUGUCAUCGACGACGUCGUCGUUGUCGUCGGGACUCACGAACUCGCUCCCCUCGAACGAGCAACAACAACAAAAACAACAACAACAACAAUACCAACACCCACAAUUACCCUCAUCCCUGACCCGGACGGAAGUCCAACAACUGACCAAGUUCCCCAAACACAGACAAUUAGCAAACAAUGGCAAUAGUGCUGCCUCGAUACUGUCCAAGUCCCUGACUAGUCCGACGAAUAACAGGAGUGGCGGUGGUGGUAGUAGUUCGGGAGUGAAAGUGUUGGGCGCGACGGCAACGGGACUUGGGAAUGGCCAUCAGAAUGGCCCAGUUAUUGUGCACAACUCAAAUGCGACAAACAGUCUGCAGAAUAGUCAUGUGAUGGCGAAUAAUAGCAGCCAGUCGACGAUUAUUCUGCAGACGCAGCAGAAGCAUCAGCCGCCGUCCAACAUGCUGCCACCGGGCAUCAUCAGCCAGAAUAAACUUGUCAGUUUGCGGCAACAGCAGCAGCAGCAGCAGAGCCAGGCCCAGCAGCAGCAACAGCAGAUACCAACGUCCGGGGAAAUUACGCUUAAUAGUAAUAGUGAAGGAAUGGACAUGGAAGUAGACGGUGUGGAGGCAUCGCCAUGCGAUGGAAAGCCGCCACAGCAGCAGCAGCAGCUAGUGCGAACGAGUAAAACCAAUUCACUCGCAAUGGAAGUGACAUGAUGCCUGCUAUCGGCACCCCUGUUGCUGCCAUUUCGACACUGGGGGCUUCGCUGACCUGACCUUAACCUAACCCAACCUUACCUUGCCGAUGUCUAUCCAAUCGUUUUUUUGGGGACUGGCCACAGACUGCGCACGCGCCGCAAAGCGUCACCGUCACUUGCGAUUGUGCGACUUUUCGAUUUUUCGAUUUUGCACUCAUGAUCGACGCUUGCUUUUUUUUUAUCCCACCACGACUCGAUGAGAAGCAAUAAAACAAGACAGAUAUUUUAUUAUUAUUAUUAUUGUUCACUCGAGAGUGAUUAUUUAUCGUCAACUGAAGAAAGAAAAAAAUAGUUGCGGCCAUGACUACUCGAAAAAUCCGAACCCUUCCAAAUUUUGAUGAUUGUAAAUGCUCUCGGACGUAUUUUGGAGGUUAUCGAUAUAAUCCUCUGCGCAGACUCAUGCGGUCAUAGAGGGCGCUGCGAAGGCUUGAAAAAUUGUGCACUUUUUUCUGUACAUAAGGGCGCUAAUGAUGAACAAGUCUAAAUUUUAUUAUUAAAUUAUAUUUAUAGAGUCUAGAAAUAUGAAAUUUUUUCAAAUUCGGGUUGUUUGCCAAAUUUAGAAAAAAUUUUUGUCAAAUUAUACGGACUUGAAAAAGAAACGAACAAAUUUAUCAGUAUUCUAAUUGAAAUCAUCGAAGUUUGGAAGAUUCUGAGUGCAUCAGAAAGUUUCUGUUUUCCAAGGGAGGCGGGUCACAAUAAAAAGCCUUUUCUUUUUGUCACAGCAUUUUGCUCAAAAUGAACGAAAACAGUCAUUUUUCAUUCGUAAUUCUCAAUUCAAGAUUUGCAAUUAUCUCUGAGAAAAAAUAUAAUUAUCCACAUUGACCCACCUUCUUUCGGAUUUAUUUCGAAAUUCGUCGCUCCAAAAAAAAGAGUACAAUAACUUGAAACUUGGACAAACUCGACUUAUUUCAAAUCGAAAUGAUCAAAAAUUGUGUUACUCAUUUCGAUAUGUUCAACUUUCGCAACAAAAAAAGAAAAAAAACCAACAAAAUAAUGCUCAAUUUAAAAGAAAAUUGUAAUCCAGUCGUGGUGCCGAAUUUCCAGACACGCCAAACUUGAAGAUUCGCGGAAUUUCUCUCUUGAAUUUCCGACGCAUUUGUUGCACUUGAUAUUCCAUAAGCGUAAGUCCUCGUUCUUCCAUGCAAGUAAAGCAUCUUCUCGAGCUUCGAAUCUUCACGACUCAUUUUUAUUAUUAAUUAAUCGAAAAAAGGAACCAAAAAUCGGGGAAAAAAUCAAUCUUUUAUUUCCAGAUUCUAAAUUUUUCAUUUACUUUCAGCCUCUAAAGCUGCAGUCUAAUCAGCGACGCACAUCUAGCGACACAUAUGUUGCGACGCACAUGUUGCGACGCAUAUCUUCGCGACGCACAUUUCCGAUUUUUCGUUCCUUUGCGUUUGUAACAAGAAAAAUAUGAUUUUCAACGAGAAAGUCGUGUCUGGAAAUGAAAAAGCCGUCGUCCACGGUUGACCUCCGUAAUUGGCGUCCGGACCUACGAAGUAUACAACGGGUAUAUCAAGAGACUCUUGUCUUUCAUGUUAGUAGCCGCGAACGGUUUAUACAAAAAAAAAAUAAAUAAAAAGUACAUAACGCUUUACGAAAUUAGGGUAAUAUUUAUUGGGAGAAGGUUCACGCCCGCCGACUUGUAAUCUCGCUCGAAAUAUUGUAUAAACAAAAAGAUUUCUUUUCUUUUUUUCCCCCCGUUUACUUUUGAUUGUACAUAGGAAAAUGUACAGAGUUUUGUCGACGAAUAGGAUUUUUAGUGAUAGAAAAAAAAAGAGUUAUAUUUUCUAAGAAAAAAAAAUGUAGACUUUCGGAAUUUUGUUCUUGUUUUUUGACUCUAGUCUUAGCGAGGCUUUUAAGUUUUGAUGAUUCAAGAUUUGGACGCUUUAAAUACGUUGGCUUUCGAAAUUUGGAUUCUUUUAAAAUCGUCUGCCUCCUUAUUUGCGUGAUUGCACAGUUUUUCCGGGAUUAUUCACUUUUUGUGUUUUAGAUUUCUCACAUUGAAAAUGUUUCUCAAUGAUGUUGGUCGAUGCAAAAUUACUUAUUGCGUAUAAAAAUAUACGAAUGAAAGCAAAAUUUAGAGAAAUUAAUUAGAAAAAUUGAAUAUUCGUUUCUAUCAGUAUUAAUUGUACAUAAUAAGUUGAGUUAUUGUAUAUUUUUUCUUCAAUAUUGUGUCAAAAUUUCAGAAGAUGCAGAGUUUUACAUCACCAACGGGCAUUUACUAAUUUUUUUUUUCGGGGCUGUUAAAUUUGAAAAUGAAAGUUUGCAAAUUUUGAAUGCUUUAUAUUUACUUUUACUAUUUUUAAAUUAAAAAGUGACUGCUGGUUUUUUUGGUCAGUUUUCAAGUUUGUGCGGUUUUCAAUUGGCACGAUUUAAAUUUUGAAAGCUUCCAAAUUUGAAAACUUUUGAAUGCGAUGAUAAACCACAUUUUUAAAAAUGCGCAGCCAAAAUAUGAAACAAUGAAGGCAAAUUUGGAUAUUGAAUAAUUACAAAAAGAAAAUCCUCACAGUUUAUAAUAUUACUGAGAAUGAAAAUUUGCGGAAAAUGAAUAAUUCAGGACGAAAAUAUUGUUAAGAUAAUUAUGAAAUAUGCAUAAUUUCACUUUAAUAAAAAUUCCAAAGUCGAAAAAAAAGAGAAAAUUUUAUUAAAAGUUCCAAGGAACGUUUAUAUGGACCUAAAUUUUUAGAAUUUCAAAAACAAUUUUGUAAUUCUGAAAGUUUAGGACCACACAAACUUUCCUUAGUGCUCUUUAUUUAAUUUCUAUUUUGAGGAUUAUUUUUCCAAAUUUAGGAUUUUUUUUAGUAAAAAAAAAA